AUGCUUGGGGUUGGGAAUGAAGGAAUGUCUACACUACCCGGAUUGAAUCAAAUACAAUUUGAAGGAUUUUGUAGAUUCAUUGAUAGGGGCUUAACAGAAGAACUUUUAAAGUUUCCAAAAAUUGAAGAUCCAGAUCAAGAAAUGGAAUUUCAGUUAUUUGCGGAAACAUAUCAAUUGGUCGAACCCUCAAUAAAAGAAAAAGAUGCUGUAUAUGAAUUACUUACAUAUUCCUCUAAAUUAUAUAUAUCCUCGGGAUUAAUUUGGAAAAACAGUCUGGAUAUCCAAGAACAAAUUAUUUUUAUUGGAAACAUUCCUCUAAUGAAUUCCCUGGGAACUUUUAUAGUAAAUGGAAUAUACAGAAUUGUAGUCAAUCAAAUAUUGCAAAGCCCCGGUAUCUAUUAUCGGUCAAAAUUGGACCAUAAUGGAAUUUCAGUCUAUACUGCCAAAAUAAUAUCAGAUUAG